UGACUUGUCAAGCAUUUCACUGCAUUUAAGAUGCAACCAGAAAAGGUGCUGGUUAUUUGUAUAUGAGGGUGCUUUAUCAAUUUGAAGACAAUUUUCCAUUAAUUAUUGAUUAGAGAUAAAUAUGACAAGCUCAAAUGGACUUCAUUUUCUCAGCUUACCUCUUUUAGUCUAGAUUCGCAGAAUUGAGGAAGGGUACAACAGGAAGCUCUACCUCUGCAGGCCACAUCACGUUUUCCCCCUCAUGUGUGUGAUGUCACUUGUUCCUUAUUAGACGGAACCUAUAGGUUGUGGAAAGUACAGACUCGUCCCUUUAUUAAGCGGACCGUAUCAGUGAGGUGAUCAUCUUCAGCCGGUCAGCCACUUAUAAAGCCAACAGCGCAUCGAGAUCUGAUCAACGACCACAAACCCAACCAUGAGAACGUCCUGCAUCUUCAUCGCCUCUCUGGUGCUCGUUGCUUUCUGCGCAAUGGCUAGAAGUGAAUGGUCCCAGAGUCCUGAUAAAUGCUGCUUUUCUUUUUCCAAUGCAAGAAUUCCAGUAAAGCAGGUUGUGAGCUAUCAUACUACACAUCUUCAGUGCAACAUGAAUGGUGUUAUUUUCAUCACAAGGGCUCAAAAGGAGAUCUGCACUAACCCGACUGAGAAAUGGGUUCAGAGACUGAUGAAGAUGGUGGACAAUCAAAACAUGAAGCAGAUGACCGAGGCCGGCUCUGCGGAUAGCCCCUAAGAUGAGAACGCUCUUCUCUUUUCUGAAUAUUGCACUGAACCGUUUCUAAACUGUAUUAAGCUUACUUUAAUAUACACCUGCACUAUACUGUUACUCUGCUUUGAAUAUUGUAUAUCUAUAUAUUUUUGCAAAGUAUAUUCAUGCUAGAAAUGUAAUCUAACUCUGUCUGUAUUGUUGCAUAAUUAUAUGAAAAUAAAGAACAUGCAGAACAUUUG